AGAAGCACAGGACACCUACCAUCAGCAUAACUUCGUAAACUGAUGAAGGAACACAAAAAAUAACUGUGAAACUUGUUGAGUUAUCUUCUUUUCUCAAUUAUCUCUUUACGACCCUUCGUAUCCCCUCUUAGGAAAAUCAGACUGCUUUGUGAAUAGCAGCUAAACGUGCCAAUUGUAAAAUAACGCUUUCGGAACUACUUUUUCUUUUUUUUUGAUUUUUGUAUUACUACUUCCUUAUCACUUUUAAAAGGUGAACUGUGAUUGCGGCUGCAUCAUUCUUCAAAUUGGUUAAAACGAAGUUAAUAAGAAGCUUUUAGCAAGAUUGCAAGUGCCUUAUUGUGAUUAAGUCCGUAUUAUUACUUCCUUUUUGAAAAAGACCCUUGAUUUUGUGUACUAGUUGGUUUGCAUCAUUAUUUACAUAUUCCAGUCACAGGAAAUAGACGAGAAAUCAAUACGAAUAUUAUUACAGGAUUCUUAUCUGCAGCUUAGUUAAUUUUGCACCCGGCACUUUAACGAAGUUUAGUUUUGUGGUUUUGAGCUUUUACGUACUGUUUCCAGAAAUUAGACCUCUUUUGCCGUUUACGAGAUUUCCCUAAAGUUUGCCUUCCUAUAGAAACCCCCGAAAUUUAUUUUCCGCUUGACUGUUUACUUUUUCUUUUUGCGUUUGAACUUUUAGUACGCCUUAUUAAUCUCACCAUAUUCCGGGCAUUGCAUUAGCAUAUAAUACGCCGUCAUGAACAAGCCAGCUGUCAUUUUUUUCUCCAUUUUGUCCCUGAUUAUCGUCUUCACGCUCCAUCUUUUCUGGGGACCCAUCAAAUUAUUUUUUAUAGACUACCGAACAGACAUUUUGCAAGCAAGCGACUUGCCAGAUGAUUUCAGUUAUUCUCCCAAUCACAAUACGACAGAAAGUAUUCCUCGUGUAAUUCAUCAGACUUGGAAAACCGAGGAUAUUCCAGGGAAGUGGAAGGAUGCCCAACAAAGCUGUAUUAAGUUGCAUCCCAAUUAUGAAUAUAAACUUUGGACUGAUGAGGCUAUGCGAGAAUUUGUGAAAGAAAACUAUCCCUGGUUUCUUCCACAAUACGAUGCGUAUCCAUUUAACAUAGAACGCGCUGAUGUCGUUCGCUACUUUAUUCUAUACCAUUACGGUGGUAUUUAUCUAGAUUUAGAUGUGGGUUGUAACCGGUCGAUGAACCCUUUACUGGAGUAUCCCGCUUUUGUUCGAAAAACAAGCCCUAGCGGUAUUAGCAAUAAUGUUAUUGGAAUUAGAAAAAAGCAUCCUUUUCUGCUUCAAGUCAUUCGCUCUCUACCGUCGUAUGCCUUCAAUUAUCAUUUCCCUUACUUGACGGUAAUGUAUUCAACAGGCCCGCUAUUCUUUUCUAUUAUUUGGAGGGCCUGGCGAAGUCUCCCCAUGGCUGAAGCUUGGCACCACAUUUCUGUCUUGAACUCUGAUUUAUAUACUGGUUCUAAUCACUCGUUUUUUAACAUAUAUGAAGGUUCAUCCUGGCAUGAUAAUGAUGCCGGGCUUGUCUUUUAUUUACUCAGACAUUGGUUAUUAUUGACUAUAUUAGGCUUCAUGUUGUUUUUCUUCAUCGUUUUCUUGUUCUUUGGAUCUUCUUUAAAGCCUGCUGCUAGAGUCUCUCGAUCAAGCAGGAGAGCGUUUGGCAGUCCCUUUUCAAGCAAAUCAUCAUCUCCUUGGAGAAAAUUCAAACAAUAUGUUUCCACCGAUGAAAGUAGCGAUCAGCAGAAUUCUGAUGCUAUUCCUUUUAUGGCUGAGAUUGAUCUUGAAUCUCAAACGAGACCAAAAAGCCGCUAGAGAUUUUAUUUUGCUACCAAUGCCGUUACUGUUGUUAUCAUUUUGAAACUACUCUUGCAUACUUCUUAUAUUUGUAAACCAACACUUUCGUUUCUCAUUCAUUUUUAAUUUAGUUAUCUUUGACAUAUCUUAAUAAUAAUUAUAUAAAUUGCUCAAAGGUACUUAAAAGUCAUAAAGAAAAGCGUUCAUUCACUCUACCAAUAUCUUUAAUAAGUAGUUCCCA